AUAGUGAGCUAUUAGUAUUUCAGUGUAUUCUGUUUGAAACGGUUGUAUAGGAAUUCAAGUAUUGAGUUAAAACGUAUUAAGUUUAUUUGAUAAAAAUGUUAAAAAGUGCUUCAAAAGUGACAAUAAACACUGGUAAUGUGUUAAACCUCAUUGAUAUUAAGAAAAAGGCUGGGCAAAAUGUAACUGAAGAGCUUACAGAAAGCAUCAAGCUAACACUAUCAGAAUGGGGGACACAGAACGGCCAGCCAAUGCAAAACGGUACAACAGAGUCGAAGGCGCCAUCGGAAAACUAUAUGGUUUUAUCGACUUCAAAAGCGUCAGAAGCCGUAGUGAACAUUACCCGACAGCAUGACGACGUACAAAACAAAAUGGCAGAGGAGGAACGCAAGAAUCUGAAGAUUGGUGUGAAGAUAUUCAUCAAUGAGGAUAGUACGGCUGCGUUGAUCGAGUGCUUGGAGAAUGUAUUCACGGCACUUCGAACGGAGUUUAUUGAAAACGUGAUACUGUCUUAUAAUCCUGACAUUACGCAUAAGGAAGACACGCGUGAUGAUACCGUGAAGAAUGCGUUCACUAAAGCAUCUCCGAUUUCUCUGGGCAGUAAUGUUGGACGCAUUCCGAGUACAGAAAUGGAGGCGGACAGUGAGUCAGAUGCCAAGAAAUGUGAAGCUAUUCUGCCCGGUAUCAAAGUAUUGUGGGCUGUUCUGGAAGACUAUGUGAAAGAUGGGCGUGUCCAGCAACUGGGUGUGGCUGACGUGGGCGGGGGCUGCCUGUACAAGCUGCACGCGUGGGCCACUGUGAAGCCUUCCAUAGCGCAGAUCAACUUGGCCUCGUGCUGUGUAGUCCCGCCAUCUUUACAUGCUUUCUGCAAGGCGAAUGAUGUUCAAUUGCUGACGCAUGCUGAUCCGCCAGAUCUACUAUCAGUAGCGGCUGUGAAAACGCUAACAGACGCAGGAAUCGGUUGCAACAACUUGGACUGGUGCGCUCGAUACCAAGUGCACAUCAAGUGUCGCGGUGUUCUAGCGCUCAAGGGCUAUGUGUGUAAGGCCACCGUGGGAGAACAGAAAUAGAACAUUCUAGAAGGCUCUCGAACGUUCUAGAACAAUAUGGAAACGUUGUAAAAUGUUCUCGAAUGUUCUAGAAUGUUAUGGAAUGUUCUAUAAUGUUGUAGAAUGUAAUGGAACAUUAAAUAAUGUUCAAGAACGUUCUAGAAUGUAAUAGAACGUUGUACAAUGUUUUCAAAUGUUUUAGAAUGUUAUGGAAUGUGGUACAAUGUUCUCGAACAUUCUUGAAUGUUGUAAUAUGUUCUCGAAUGUUCUCGAACGUUACGGAAUGUUUUACAAUGUUAUCGAACGAUCUGGAAUAUUGCGUAAAAUUUUAAAAUACCUUACAUGUUUUAGAAUGUUCUGAAACGAGGUAAUGGUUAUAUGUUCUAGAAUUUUCGGGAAGAUUUUAGAAUGUUCGCGUAUUGGCUGUGUGUAAAACCAUCACAAAAGAAUUAUGUGUUUACAAACCAAGUGAAGUGAAUCCUGACACACUUAAUAUAUUAUAGGCGAGCAAAUGCAGUAUGGUCCUUGAACAUUCUAUAGCAAUUGUAAUAUGUAUUCUGGAAUAUUCUAUUGUGACUGAAAUUGUAACUGAGAAGGUAAUACAGGGUGUCCCACUAUUGGUAUACUCAGCGCGAAGGGACUUGUAGU